AUGGCGGAAAAGGGUGUUCCAUUGCCAAAGUUUGGAGAAUGGGAUGUAAAUGAUCCAGCAUCAGCUGAGGGAUAUACUGUGAUAUUCAACAAAGCUAGGAAUGAGAAGAAGACUGGUGUUAAGCUUGAUUCACCAUCAAAGGAUUAUCAUAAAACCAAAUAUAAAAAUCAAGUUGUUCUUGGCAAACCUCAAUCUAAAAAAUGGUUUUGCUGCGUAAGUCCGUCUGGCGGAGAAUCAUAA